AUGGACACCCCAAUUAUGGAUAGGAUUGAAGAAGGAAUCACCAAAGCAGCUACUGGAAAAUUCAAUGAUUAUGGCAAUGAGAACGAGACAAGAGAGCACGCUUUAAAGAAAACUGAAAGGGAUUUCGAGAGAGAUCUAUCGCCAAAUCAGAAAGGGAUUGUUGACGACAAGACAAUCAAAAACGAAAACAAAGAGAAAGCCGAAUCAAAUCUAAACGAACAA